AAAAGAUGGAAGGCAAAUACCUACCGAUUGGUAAACCCUAGGGGGACGAUUUUGAUGAUGGAAUGAUAGAUAAAAUUAGUAGAGUCAAAAUCCAAUACAAUAAACAAAAUAUAGUAGCGAUAGGAAUAUUUUAUGAAUAGAGAUAAAUCUAUAAAUGUCAUAAUUUCUGUGCCAACAGUCUCAGCAAGUUUUAUUUUUAUGUUUGGGAAGAAGAAUUCGUUAUAGAAAAAGAUGAUUGUAAUUUUAAUGAGUUAUGUAGAUUUAUAGUAGGUGAGUGGUACUUAUGAUGGAAUUUACAUCACCUCAUUAUAAUUUGUGACAUAUAACGGUUAAUCUAUGCACUUUAAAGCAUCUUGUUAGGGAGAGUCAUUUAACAUUGAAAAUUAUGGUAUUUUAUUUAAAUUAUCUAGGUGAUACUUUCUCCAGUUGCAGUGGCUCAUUUGAUAGAAAUGGAUUAACAUCAUUAGCCUUCAAACUGAUGCCGCUUAAUUGGACUGACAUUGAAAGGAUUUCAAAUAAAAUUCUCUUGUUAUCUUAUGGUCAUCAUUAUCCUUAGAAAUAUAUUCCUCAAUUUACAUAAUAUUUAAACUAUCCAUUGAAUUGA